ACCGCCACCACCACCGACGACGACGAACCGGACGGAGCGAGUCGGUCUGCAGCCAGUCAGUCGAUCAGUCGUUCAGACAGUCGGUCGCCGCACAUACGCGUAUCUCAUCAUUGUUUCAGCACCGUCGCAUCGCGAUACAAUAUUAUACAUAUUAUUAUCGUAUGGCACACGAGACACACACAUAUUAUACAGACGAACGCAAUUAAAAUUAUACAAUUACACGAAUUAUUAUUAUUAUUAGUAUUGCCGUCGCCGUCGUCGCACUGCGCUCGUGUCGCGUUCUCUCUCCGCGAGUACAUCGAAGUGUUCUCGCGCACCCGUGUGCGUGUGUGUGUGUGUGUGUGUGAGCGUGUAAGUGUGUACGGUCGCGUGUACCGUCGUCGCAGUCGACCGCGUAUAUGAGUACGCUCGUCGCGUCCUGUUGUACGAGCACGUCUGUCGUGCUGCGCGCGUCGUCCGUACCGCUUGUCGCCGUCCGCGUGCGUAUCCUCCGCUUGACCUACAAUUCGCGUCCCGACAACGCACCGCCGCCGACGAACACACAUCGAUAUCUCUCGUCCGCGAUCGAUCCGCGUAUCCGUCACCGCCGCCGUAGCGAUAUAUAAGACAAACGAGAAAUAAAUAAAUAAAUAUCUAUCUCCGCGCGUCACUCGGCCGAUUUCACGUAUAUAACAUAUAUAUAUAUAUAUAUAAUUACCCGCAAAUAAUAGAGUACAGAGGUGUACGAGAGCAGUGCGAAAUCGUCAUAGUCGUCCACACGAGGCACCGCAGACGGCGAUGACGCCCUGAAGACGUCUUCGGAGUGUCACUGCCGCCCAACGUACGGCGCAGGACGGGCCCCGUUCGAGGUCGUUUUGAUCGUCGAUCGCAGCGACAGCGGCAGCUACAACCGCAGCGGUUAGGCAACGCGUCGACAGCGACAACGCCGACAUGGUGGCGUCCGCCGACCGUCGCGAGAGUUUCGGCGUGGACAGCAGCCUGUUCCACCACCGCAAAUCGACCAAAGGCACUGGCAACAAGCAGGGCAAAGAUGCCAACGCCAACAAGGGCAAGCAGUCGUCCGACGUGGCCGUGUACACGAUAUCGGUGGUCGGGGGCUACGAAAACCAGGGCUUCAAGCGGGAUGACCUGCAGUCCGGCGACGGGGAUCUGGCCAAGCCGCCGCUCGGCAACAUGACCGACGGCGACGGCGACGAUGACCAGACCAAGGGAAAGUUCAAGAUGUCGCCCAAAGAGAAGUGGCGGAUCCUCAAGAACGUGUCCACCAUCAGCCUCGCGUUCAUGGUCCAGUUCACCGCGUUCCAGGGCACAGCAAACCUGCAGAGUUCGAUCAACGCCCGCGAGGGCCUGGGCACCGUGUCCCUGUCCGCCAUUUACGCGGCGCUGGUGCUCAGCUGCAUAUUCGUGCCCACGUUCCUCAUCAAGCGGCUGACCGUCAAGUGGACGCUGUGCCUGUCCAUGCUGUGCUACAUACCGUACAUCGGUGCCCAGUUCUAUCCGCGGUUCUACACGCUUGUGCCCGCCGGCGUGCUUGUGGGCCUGGGCGCCGCGCCCAUGUGGGCCGCGAAAGCGACGUACCUCACGCAGACCGGCGCCGUAUACGCCAAGCUCACGGACCAGCAAGUGGACGGUAUCGUCGUCCGGUUCUUCGGAUUCUUCUUCCUGGCUUGGCAGACGGCCGAGCUAUGGGGAAACCUCAUCUCUUCGUUGGUAUUGUCUAGCGGUGCCCACGGUGGUGGUAGCGGCGACAACAGCACGAUGCUAUCGGAAGAAGAAUUGCGACUGUGCGGUUCAAAUUUUUGCGUGAUGGGUAAUCACGCCAUCGACAAUCUGGAAAGGCCGCCAGACUCAGAAAUAUUCGAGAUAAGCACCAUAUACCUCACGUGCAUCGUACUGGCCACUAUCAUAAUAGCCCUGUUCCUGGACCCACUUUCAAGAUACGGAGAGAAACAGAGGCGUGCCGAUAGCCAAGAACUGUCCGGUAUUCAACUGCUGUCGGCCACGGCUUAUCAGCUGAAAAAACCGUACCAACAGCUCCUCAUACCGAUCACCAUUUGGAUUGGAAUGGAACAAGCGUUCAUCGGAGCCGAUUUUACACAGGCGUAUGUGUCCUGCGCCCUAGGCAUUCCAUCCGUCGGGUACGUGAUGAUAUGCUUUGGUGUGGUCAACGCAAUAUGCUCGCUGCUGUUCGGCACCAUAAUGAAGUACAUCGGAAGACUGCCACUGAUGGCGCUGGGCUUCGUUGUCCAUUCGAUACUCAUAUGGAUCCUGAUCGUGUGGCGGCCUCAUCCCAACAAUCCCAAACUGUUCUUCACUAUAUCGGGACUGUGGGGCGUUGGUGACGCCGUUUGGCAGACUCAAAUGAGCGGUAUCUACGGGACGCUGUUUAGGCGCAACAAGGAAGCGGCGUUCAGUAACUAUCGGCUGUGGGAGUCGGCCGGCUUCGUGGUGGCGUACGCGUACAGCACGCAUCUGUGCGCCCGGAAGAAGCUGUACGUCAUGGGUGUCGUGCUGUUCAUCGGGUUCGUCGGGUACAUAAUCGUCGAAAUCCGACACAGCGUCAAGGCCAGGCGGCUCAAACGGCUGGCCGACGACCCGAAGUCGGAGCCGCUGCCCGACGAGACCGUCAACGAGACCGACGACGAGAAGGACGACAUCGACGACGAGAUCAUCGUGACGCAUUUAUGAACAACGGACUUAAUCGGUGUGCUAUAUAUAGAAUAAACCAAGAUGCUCAGUUGCUAUGUUAUUAGAACGUCUUCAUCACUUUUAAAAUAUAUUUAUUUUUACUAUAAAUUAUAUUUUGUAACGUAAAUACGUAUGGAAAUCUGUGUGAUGUAUUGAUUACACUCAUUACCAAUACUGUGUAAUUUAUUACUGCAUUUUGUACAUAGUAUUUAUACUGCUUCAUAAUUUGCAUAGAAAAUAUGUAUCAGUAAAAAAAAAUUGUACAUUACUUUUACAAUAUUAUUAUUAGCAUUAGUAUUAUUAUUAUUAAAUAUCGCCCUUUUUUUUUGUAGUGAAAGUGAUCUAGUUUUAACAUUAACUAUUACUAACUAUCCGUCAUAGAUGGUUUACGUUAAUUAUACAUGAUAAAAUGAGUUAAAUUAUUUAUACGCCUAAUUCAUAAGUAUUAAAGUAGAUAGAUACUUCGCGUAGUUAGUCAAUUAUUUUGUUUUCCUUUACAAAACACGUCCAAUAGUAUUAUUAUAUACAUAUUAUAUUAAAUAGAUAUAGAUUUAGAUAGUGUGUAAUUAAAAAUUGAAUAUUUUUGUUGUUACUUAUUAUUAUAAUUUUUGUGUAUGAUGUGUGUUUGAUACAUUUAGAUUUUAAUUCGCUCGACAGCUUAGGCAUAUAUCCUACAAUAUAUUAUAUUAUAUAAAACGAUAUAGACAAUAAAAAUAUAAUAUAUAGGUAUAUCCUCAUCAGCAGCAACUGUGAUGUGAUUUAUCUCGUAGAAAUGUGUAUAAAAAUUAGAUUGUAUAAUAAAGACAAAAUAUAUAUUACGAAA